UAGAUCAUGUACAAACAUUGUUUCUAUUUUGAAUUAUAUUAUUUAAAUCUUGUACAGUUAUUACUGAGAUAGAAUAUUUAAAGUAACAAGAACGAUAGAGAACUAGAUUUCCUAUCAAGCCGAUUUUAAAGUCAGAACUAGUUUAAAAGAUAGUUUAACAGCACUUCUGCGAAAAAGUCACCAGGGGUGUACACCACAGUUCAGUCAAGGCUGACACGGUGUUGUAAAAUGGAGGAUGAAGACGCCAUGUCGGAUAACAGCGUGCCUUUCGGCUACGGAGCUUCAGCAUUCGGCAGUGAGGCUGAGGAAGAGGAGGAAGAUGUGGCAGUCCACAGAGAGCUGCCGCUCCGAGCCAUGGAGUGGGAAUCAGCCACAGAGAGCUAUGAUGUGGAGCGAGCCGCAUCACCUGCUCCCAGCUAUGAAUCAAUGCACAGCGAUGAUUUUUCAGGAGCAGGGGCUGAUAAUCAGUGUAGGAUCCUGCUGCACAGACGGGACUCUUCAGCUUCAAGCUGUGGCUCUUCUUCCUGUGAUGAGAAGCCAGAAGAAGAGCCCAAACAAGAAGAAAUGCCACAAGAAGAACCAAGUGAAGCUCCUCCUUUAAAGCCAGAGUUAUUAAUUGAUCCUAAGGAGAAGCGGCACCCUGCCCUGACUGUUGAUUUCACUUUUAAGGUCCUCUGUAACAGCCUGAGGCAACUUGCAGAAGAGCAUUUCAAACGCUUUAAGAGAGUCCUGUGGGAACGCUACCCAGAGCGCUUUCGAGAUCGGCUUGACAGCUUGGACAUUAUAGGUGUCGUGGAUACAAUGUUGGAGAUCUGUGGCUUAGAGGUGUCUCUGAAGAUCACACUGGUGCUCCUGAAUGACAUGAACUUAAAAAACAUUGCAGAGCACCUGCAGGGACUGUGCAAGAGAAAUGAAGUCCGUUAUGAGUUGAAAAAGACACUGAGAAGGAAGUAUCAGCAUGUCUAUGAAGGCCUGAUCCAGCAAGGACAACAAAAACUUUUCGAGAAUGUGUGCACAGACCUUUAUAUUACAGAAGGUGGCAAUGCUGCAGUGAACAGCGAGCACGAGUUUAGGCAGAUACAGGAGCUGCAAGAGGAUGGGCGAGGCAAGAAAAGCCUGCUAUCCUUCACGGAAAUAUUUGAUCCUGGAGUUGUUGUGAGGAGGCACAUAAGGACAGUGAUAACUAAAGGAAGUCCAGGGAUUGGCAAAUCAUUUCUAGUUCAGAGGUUUAUCUUAGACUGGGUGGAAGGCAAAUCACACCAAGACAUCUUUUUUCUGCUCCCUCUGCCGUUCAAGGAAUUGAACCAGGUGACAGAGGAAACAAUAGGCUUCAUGGAUUUAAUCUGCAGACUCUAUCCAGAGAUGAAAGAAGUAGAUAACCUUGAGUUUGAAGGCUGCCAGGUGAUGUUCAUCUGUGACGGCUUGGACGAGUACGCUACCCCCAUUGACUUUCGCAACAUUGCGUAUUGGUGUGAUCACAACGAGCCAGCAAAAAUGAACGUUUUAAUCGCCAACCUGAUCAGGGGAAACCUGUUGUACUCUGCCUAUGUGUGGGUGACCACUCGACCUGUAGCUAUCAACCUGAUUCCUGCAGAAUGCAUCCACCAGUUAUUAGAGGUUCGUGGGUUUUCAAAUGAACAGAGAGAAGCCUACUUCAGGAAGACCAUCCCUGAGAAGGAGCUUGCAGAAAGAGUCGUUUCUCACAUCAAGUCCUGCAAGACGCUCUAUAUCAUGUGCCAUGUGCCGCUGUUCUGCUGGGUGGUGCGCAAAGUGCUUGAGAGGGAACUUCAAAGUGGAGAAUUUCCCAAAGCUCUUACCCAUUUCUACACCAAACUGCUGCACUUGCAUAUAAUGAUGCGAGGCCAGAAACUGCUGUCACAAGACACGGAUUUCUUCUUGAAGCUUGGGAAGAUGGCCUUCCAGCUACUUGAGAAGGGUGUGUUCAGGAUUGAGAAAGAGCACUGGAAAGAGUAUGGUCUGGGAGCUGAAGAUGCCGUGGUCACCGCAGGCCUGUGCACACAGUUCUACCGUGAGAAAUUUAUGAUGUAUCAGGAGAAAGUGGACUGCUUCAUUCAUCCAACGAUGCAGGAGUACUUAGCAGCUCUUUACGUCUUCCUUUCUUUCAAGAAACACAAGAAGAACGUUCUGGAAGGUCCAAAGUUUAAAAUGUUCCCAGGCUCAAAAGUGGAUCUCGUCUAUCUGCACAAGAGUGCUGUAGACAAAGCAUUACAAGCCCAAAAUGGCAACUAUGACCUCUUCCUGCGUUUUCUCUUGGGCAUGUCAGUAGAGGCCAACCAGGAGCUGCUUGGCACCUUGCUUUCCAACACAGCGUCUUACCAGCAAGCUCGGGAAGAGACAGCAACCUACAUCAAAAAGAAGAUCAAGGAGUAUCCUGAGAGGGUGGAAAACCUGCAGAGAUGCAUAGAUGAACUUUUCUCUCAUCCUCAAAGGCACUGAACUGAUUUUAAUACAUUGUUUUAUGGACUGGUCAUGGCAGAGAACCGUUUGUCUUUCCUCAGUGUCUUAUGUUUCAGAUUUGCCGUAGCACAGUAUAAUCAAAGUAUGUGUGAAUGUACACCAGGUAAAGAAUUACUGACCGUACCCCAUCUGUUACUAUAUAGUUUGGACUAUUCUCAGCACAACAGACACACUGACAUGGUAUUGGCAUGAUACUGGGUAUGGUGCUGCUGUGAGUGUAUCAGGUGGAGCAGUGUUACAGGUUUUUAGGCACUACAGUGUGAAUGCUUGGUUGUGAAACUGUCCACCAAUCAAAAAUAACAGCAUUGCUGUGGCCAGACACUGACACGGAUGAAACUGCGCGUGGAAACUACAGGUGCUUCUUUCCCUUCCUUGUGUCUCAGCUCCUCACUCCGAGGAGGCGAGGAAAGGAUGCAAGAACAGGAAAUGAGGACAGGAGGAAUCGAGAACAAACAUAUUUAACAACUAAGACUUUUCUAGCUCACUGAAGCAUCACUUUAAUGUGAAUUGACUUACUGAUCACACAUACUGAUCAAAACCUUACUGCACAUGUACAUUAUACACUUAAAUAUUGAUGUUUUAGGCUAAACAAGAUUCUGCUAUGUUUGAGGUAGAGGGGAGCUGACAUAAUGCAACAGAUGAGCUACAGUAAAGACAAGUACAGAAUGACCUGUGUAUAUGGUAGUUUUACACUGGACAAAGAUGAUCUAUGCUUACAGUUAAAAAUACAUGUUGAGCAGUGUUUCAAAAUAGUUCUUUUGAACAGCAUGUGUGCUAAAUACAAAACCAAAUAAACAUUCACUGCA